CCGAGAGGGCCACGACAAGGCCGCGCAGCCACAGCGCCGGCGCGGAUCUGCUCUGUCCUGAUCUCUGCCCAUCCGCGCUGCAUCCAUGAAACAGAACCCCAAGCCCGCACCCGCCCGGGCCGCCGACCGACCUGCCGAGCGGCCGCCCAAGUCGCUGGUCCUGCUCGUCCGCAACAUCCCGGACUUUAUCGUCAAGGACGCAGCCUUCUUUGGCCACUAUGGCGCCAUCAGCGCUCGCAGGGCCGGCAAGAUGAAAAAUGCCCUCUUCCUCACCUUCCGGGACCAGUCGCGGGCGGACCUCGCGCUCACGCAGAUUCCGAAUCUGCAGGUCUUCAGCAAAGCCCUGAAGGUGGACUACGCCCGCCCCAGAGAAGGACCAGCCGAUCCGAGCGAGCAGAUAUUACACAUCACACCAAUAGAGGAUGUGCCGCCCCAACCUGCGCCGAUUGCGCCGCAUCUCGGGAUACAUUACUCCGCCCCACCAAAUCUUUGCUACAAGUAUCCCCCACCGACACCCGAGAUCAUCAAGAAUAUUGCGCACGCCAUUGCAUCCGUUCCGAAUCUAUAUGUCCAGGUCCUGCACUUGAUGAACAAACUCAACCUCCCUCCGCCAUUCACUGCUGCUGCCGCUUCGGCGGACUGGAGCGCUGACACAUUGGCAGCCUCUAGCCAGGCCAAGCGGAAGCGAGAUCCACUCCUUGCCAGUGACGAGUCAGAGCUGGAAUCGGAUGACGAGGCCCCGACCGGACGAGCAACCCUCGCUUCAAAGAAGUCCAAGGAGGAUCCCGCUGCAAAAUCAGCUACAAAGCCAACCACAAAACUACCCUCGACACCCAGCGCGCACUUGGACGACGUUUCAAGCAAAGCUAUGCCCGAGUCGGUACCGCAUGUGCCGACUGGCCUGCUCCCAGCGAAUCCUGGCGCAAUAACCGUGCCUUCCACCAAGCAGCCGGAUGAUCUCGACAGCAUUCCCCUCGAGACAGUGUCUCAGCAGGAGCUGGACGAGAACCGCAUAUCCCAUGACGAGAUUCUGAACAUCCCCUCGUUCCGGAACUAUCAAAGAGGCGCACCGUCCGCGACGCUCUAUAUCAAGAAUUUAGACCACAAGCAGGUCCGGGCCAAGGACCUGGAGUACCUCUUUGGCCGAUAUUUCCCAAACUUCUCGUCCAUGAAGAGAGACCUUGAAAUCCGCCUCAUGACGGAGGGGCGGAUGAAAGGACAAGCAUUCGUCAAGUUCCCUAGCAUCGAGCUUUCUACUCGGGCACUCGAUGAUGUGCACGGCUACGUCCUCCACGACAAACCCAUAGUCAUACAAUUUGGCAAAGCCGGCUAAGGGAGCCCGCCUGAGCACCUCAAAGCCGAUGCAUCGCAAGCGCCACAGGCCUGUUUUGUAUUUACUGAUGAACUGCAAGUCGCGAUACACUCCAUUCGCGAAACACUGCGAUGGCCGCCAGGCACUUCAUCUCGCUGUCUUUCAAUCGACUCGGCCGCUGGAUUGGAUGCCCCAAGCAAAUCGAGGCAUGCCCCGGAACUGAAGAAUAUAUGCAUCGCUCGUG